CUUGGAGAUCUAAAUCUAGAUCUAGCAGUUAAAAAUAGAUACGUUACAUAGGGUUACACCACGCAGGCUUGAGAAUGAAGCUGCUGCUGGUACUAGAUGAUGAUGUCACGCAGGAAGAUCUGCUGCAGCAGCUGGAACAAAACCUAACUGAUGAGGAAGAGGAUGAUGAGGACGAUGAUUCAUCAACCUUAUCUCCGGCUUCCAAAGGUUCCAAUGCAGGACUAGGAGUGCGUACUCCAAGAAGAGACACAACUUCUAAAUUACUUCCAUCUGAUUGUAAAUAUGGGAUUUUGAGAAAAAUCAAUGGUGGGCCAAAUAAUCAAAGUGAGUUACCAUCAAAACAAGACCAAGCCAGUUUUGAAGGUGGUUGUGUCAAUCAUAAGAAACUCUAUGCUAAAAGUAUACCUGAUGAUGCUGACAGUUUACGACAAGUUUUAAAAAGAAAGUUAAAGCCUGAAAGCAAAUCAAGUAGUUGUACAGAUCUUUUAAAUGGGGUUUCUUGCUUGUGCAAGUCGGCUAGUGAUUAUAGUUUUCAGUCCUCCAAGAAUAAAAAUAUUAAACUAUCGACAUCCCUUGUGUGUUUACAAAGCAAGAAAAACAAUGGUCAAAGCUUGGAGAAAUUUCAGCCAAGUUUCAGUACAAAACAAAACAAAAGGAAGCAGGACCCACUAAACACAGGGAGCGUAAAGAAAUCAAGACGAGGCAGUGAGCCUGCAUGUAUUAAGGAAGCUGGAGAAUGUUCUGUGGGUGGACAGGACAAGCUAGUGUCAGCGUCUGGUGACUGUGACCUCUACGACCCAAAUGAACCUACAAGCCUGGUUGAGGAAAAAGACGGCCCGAUUAUACCCAUACAACUGUUUGAUAGUACAGACACAAGUGUUGACAAACAGGAGUUGGCAGUUUACACUAGUCCUUCCAGGAACGUUAUAUGUCAGCCAAGCUUAGAUAUACCUGACUUUCUGUAUGUGGCAAUAGACUGUGAGAUGGUUGGAACAGGCUUGAAUGGGAGGCAUAGCGUUCUAGCUCGCUGCAGUGUAGUAGACUACAAUGGGAAAGUGCUGUAUGACCAGUACAUCAGGCCUGAGGAAACCAUCACAGACUACAGGACAAUAUGGAGUGGGAUACGACCCUCCCACAUGAAAACUGCUGUACCCAUACAACAAGCCUUACCGGACAUCAAGAGAAUGCUAGAGAACAAAGUAAUUAUAGGACAUGCAGUGUAUCAUGACUUUAAAGUACUUGGCUGGGUGCCACCAUAUUUUAUGGUGCGAGACACAUCGACGUGUAAAUUGUUGGUAGAGAUGGCCAGUCUGCAGGGUCGAGGAAACAGUUUGAAAAAACUCUCAGGGGCACUGUUAGACAGACACAUCCAAAAGAAUAGGAAAGGCCAUUGUUCUGUAGAGGACAGCCGGGCGACCCUUGACCUUUUUAAACUAGUCCGCCAUGAGUGGGAGAAAGAGCUGGUUGCCAAGUGGUUGAAGAAGGAUGAGAAUAUCGUGGGGUUGAUUAACUCCAUGGUGGAGAGCGCUGUCAGCAAAGGGGCAGUAAAUCUGACUGAAGACUUUUUACACGACAAGUUCUGGCCUGACCAGAUUGAAUGAGAGUCUUGAGUGUAAGAAACUUGGAUUUGUAUAUAGGUUUUAAUGAACUUGUUCUGGCCUGAGAAGAUUGAAUGAGAGUCUUGAGUGUGGGAAUUCGGAUUUGUGUACAGGUUUUAAUGAAUAUGUUCUGGCCUGAACAGAUUGAAUGAGAGUCUUGAGUGUAGGAGACUUGGGUUUGUAUACAGGUUUUAAUGGACAAGUUCUGGCCUGAACAGAUUGAAUAAGAGUUUUAGUGUGGGAAUUUGGAUUUGUAUAUAGGUUUUAAUGAACUUGUUCUAGCCUGAACAGAUUGAAUAUAAAUCAGUGUAGGAGACUUUGAUUUGUAUACAGGUUUUUAUGAACAAGUUCUGGCCUGAACAGAUUAAAUGAGUAUGUAGGAGACUUUGAUUUGUGUACAGGUUUUAAUGGACAUGUUGGUUUACAGCCAAGUACUCUCUGUGAUUUAGGUUAUGUGCACCAUUAGUAAAUAAUUUGCUAACAUAUAACUUGACUUUUUGUAGUAUAUGAUAUAUUUAUCAGAUGUUAAGUGAAUGCUGUAUACUUGUAUACAACUGUGGUCUUAUUUGACUUUAAACAUGCUUGUGGACAUCAGACUGAGACAUAUAAUUUAUGUCAAAAAUUAAGAUAGUCGAGAAUUAUGAUGAAACCA